AAAUUUGUUACAAAUAGUCAGAGUGAACCGACAUAUUUUGUAUGUGUGGAUAAACGUGUUUAAGUCGAGUUGCGUCAACUUGCGGGAUGUUUCACCGCAGACUCAGCUCACGUUAGCCGACAUUGCUAAAGGGAGUUAGCGUAGCUUGCUGACAGGAAACAGCCGGAAGUGGAACAUCUGAAAUUUCUCCCGGUGUCCUACGAAGCUAAUGGCGCUAAGUUAGCCUGCUAGCUGGAAAGAGACGGAGGUGAACGGGAUCUGUUUCUCUGGAGGAAAAGUUGGUGCUGUGAGUUUGUAAAAAUGUCUAAAGUCCAAACGCUGAGAGCUUUUGUCAACCAGCGACUCACUUUGGCCGCUGAAGAGAUUUUUGAGCUGUUUGAAAGAACGAUAGCAGACUACGAGGAGGAAGUUUGUCGACAACGCAAACUACUGGACGCUGUUCUCCAGCCUGAAGUCCGCUUACACAGAGCCGACGUGGAGCUGCGGUCGGUGAGUGAAGGAGAGGAUCCCCCUGAGCGGCAGGACUGGAGCCCCAGUCUGGUCCAGGAGGAUCCACCAGAGCUGCCACACAUUAAAGAGGAACAGGAGGAACUGUGGACCGGUCAGGAGGGAGAGCAGCUUCGAGGGCCGGAGGAGGCUGAUGUCAUGGAGGCCACGUUCACUCCUGUCUCUGUGAAGAGUGAAGAAGACGAUGAAGAGAAACCUCAGUCCUCUCAGCUUCAUCAAAGACAGACUGAAGAGAUGAAAACAGAAGCUGAUGGAGAGGACUGUGGAGGACCAGAACCAGCCAGGAGCUCAGAUCCAGAUACCCAACCAGAUACUGACCACAAGAGUUCAACCUCCUCUGACUGUGAGACUGAUGACAGCUGUGACUGGGAGGACAGCAGAGAACCUCGGUCAGGUUUAAACCCUCUGCAGGACAAUGAAGGACAUCAGCAGAAACACAAUGGACUCCAAACAGGAGAGAAACCAUUUAGCUGCUCAGUUUGUGGUAAAAGAUACAACAGGAAGAAAUCGUUAACAGAUCACAUGAGGCUUCAUUCAGAAGGAAAAUAUUUCAGCUGCUCAGUUUGUCCAAAAACUUUUCAGCGUAGUGGGCAUGUUGUGAGGCACAUGAGAGUCCACACGGGGGAAAAACCUUUCACUUGCUUUGUCUGUCGACGAAAAUUUUCACAAAAGGGACAUUUGAGAGACCACAUGAAAGCCCACACUGGAGAGAUGCCUUUCAGUUGCUCAGUUUGUGGUAAAAGAUUCCUCCAGAAGAACUCGUUAACGGAACACAUGAGAGUUCAUUCAGGAGAAAAACAUUUCUGCUGCUCAGUUUGUAAAGCAAGUUUUCGGUGGAAAGGAAAUCUUCUCAGUCACAUGAGAGUCCACACAGGAGAAACGCCCUUCAGUUGUUCUGUCUGUAGAAGAAAAUUUUCACUGAAGGGGCAUUUGAGAGACCACAUGAGAAUUCACACUGGGGAAAAGCCCUUUGGUUGCUCCAUCUGUGGUAAAAGUUUUGCACAAAAGACAAAUCUGACACAACACAUGAGAAUCCACACAGGAGAGAAACCUUUCAGCUGCUCAGUUUGUAAAGCAAGUUUCAAAUCCAGCGGCAAUUUAUCCUAUCACAUGAGAAUCCACACAGGGGAGAAGCCGUUUAGUUGUUCUGUUUGUGGUAAAACAUUCACACAAAAGGCAAAUCUGACAAAACACAUGAGGAUCCACACAGGAGAGAAACCUUUCAGCUGUUCUGCCUGUGGUAAAAGAUUCAUUCAGCUUUGUAAUUUAAAACAACACAAGUGUGUCGGUGAGAGCAGCAGGAGUAAAUGAAGCUGCAGAGCUGCUCGUCGAGCCACUUUGUUCAGUGUAACAUCAGUGUAAACAGUAUAAACAGUAGUGCAAAUGGCUGACAGGGUAGUGCAAAAUGACCGUAGUGCAAUGGAACAUGAGUAGUUUAAGUCUGUACAAAUGCUGCAUUGUGCAAAAUGUUCCAU